AUGGCGAAUAUUCGCGCGGAAGCACGAACGAAUCGGCACAUCCAUUCCCUAGAAAUGACCAGGAACGAAGUGGAGCACUUGAGCAACGGAACUGAUUUAUGUUUGGUGAAAAGAGGUACGUGUGUGGAGCACUGUUUGCGUUCUACACCCACGUUUCACGAGCCCAACACAUUGUGCUAUCAGACGAAAUCGAAUGACAAGCUCUAUCAAUGUGUGAGUCAACAGACCUGUCACGUACAAAUUUGCUGGUGGCAUACAAAAACCGCCUCAAAGUACUAUGUUGGCAUUGUUCAUCCGAAUAUUUUUGUGGCAGGGUUGUCACAGAACAUGCUGUUGGCGGUUUCUCAUGGAUCAUAUGAUUUACCAUUGGUGGAAGGCAGGUUUCUGGACAAAGAAGAUUUCGACCACAUACUGCUCACUGGUCCAAGCGAGUCGAAAGGUCCCUCGGUGCCAGUUGCUCUAAUUGUAUCCAUGGUUUUGGUAACUGCCGUUCUCAGUGCGGCAAUCGGUUUCGUUGUCUACCGCUACCCAGCUCAAGUACGAGGUGUUGUGGACCGCAUCAGAUUCCCGUAUCGUCAGCCGAAGGCAACGCGUCUAGCCUAA